AAUAAAAAAAGGAAUAGAAAACCUACCGUCUCUCUCCGGAGUCCGGACCAAUAUGAACAUUCUGUUCCUCUCACUCACUCACUCACUCGUUAGAAAAUGGAAACCCUAGAAGAACAAUCGACAGAUGAUCGAUUGGCGAAGCUUUCAGUCCCAAUCGAAAUCAUCGAAGACAUCCUCUCCAGACUCCCCGUCGAAUCCAUCCUCCGGUUCAGAUCAGUCUCCAAACCAUGGCUCUCCCGCAUCUCCGAUCCGUCAUUCACCAAACUCCACUUCACUCGCUCCACCCGCACCGCCUUAUUCAUUUCCGCUUACGAUGAUUCCACUCGCCAACAACACCUUCUCUCCGCCCCCCGUGACGGUGGUCCCGUGUCUCAUCUCCUCACAAUCGACGACGUUUCUCAAAAUGAUUUCCGAGCGGCCGAACAUUUGAACGGCUUAGUAUUGUUUACUUCCGUCAAUUCGGAUUCCGGAUACCCUUGCGCCUACGUUGUCAACCCUAGCACGCGUAAGUCCUUAUUACUCCCUCAUCCUGAUCCUUACUCCCAUGAUAUAGAUGAGACUGCCUGUUACUUUUUCGGGUUUGAUGAGUCUACAAACGAGCAUAAGGUUCUCAUGAUCAGGCAAUUUCCUAAACCUGCUAGAUUUGAGAUUAGGAUUUUCUCUAUGUCAACUCGUUCUUGGAGAAAGAUCGAUGCCGGGCCUCCUAUUGCUUUUAGUAUUUCCUAUGGCUACAUCUGCAGCGUUUGUGUCAAUAGUGUUAUACAUCUAAAGUUUCUAGAUGGUUUAUGGUGUCACAUUUUGACGUUUGACUUGAGAACAGAGGUGUUUUCAGUAAUCAACUCUCCUCAAGGUGCACCGCCCUAUGAUGGCUGCUUUCCCCACAUCAUAAAAGCCAAUGGAUGUGUCGGAAUUGCUUGGCGUAUAAUAAAAAACAACCAACUACGUGUAUGGAUGUUACAAGACUAUGAAAACUGUGUUUGGGUCAGAGAAAUCUACACUGAGCCUUUGGCCGAGGUAUGUUUCCCCUACCCUCAAGAUUUUGUUGAUACGGACGAGAUUAUCUGUCGUCCGAGCAAGUUGUCUGAGAAUGUGAUGAGUGUACCUGUCUAUAACAAGAAGAGUAGAUGUUUUAAGUCAUUACACUUCACUCUGGGUCAUCUAUUUCCGGUGUCAAGAAAUUUGAGGUUCUAUAUGGUCAAGAGUUAUGAUGAAAGCAUGGUGCCUUUAUAGAGGAACGGACAAGACUUAAUGAUCCGAAACAAGUACCUCCACCCACGGGCAAAUGUUGUCUUCCUUUAUAGGUGUUAUGUUUACAUUUGUUUAUCCACUGGUUAUAUAUCUUAUUGGUUCAAGAUGUUUUAACUCGAGUGUAUUUGUCUAAAAACAAUCAACUUGUUUAUCUAACUAGUUUAAGUUUGUUUGUCAAAUUAUUAAAACAAGUAAUGAUAUGUCUGGUACAUGCUUUA